GGUACUUUAUAUGGGCCCCCACCUAGCUGGAACUUGAGCAAGUGAAAACCAACUUUUCACUAACAAAAAUCCAAAAGGAAUAUAUCCAUCACCAUGUCACAAAUGUCAGCAACUUCCGUUCAUUAUCCAGAUCCAGUAGCGGGUUUGGAUUUUCCUAAGCAACUCGAGCUUAAGUAUUUACAGGUGGUGUUUCGACAUGGUGAGCGUGCUCCCGUAAAAGCAAGGUUGGAGUCCGCUGGUAUUCCUAAGGAUUGGAAGCUUUGUAACAAUGCUAGAAGAUUUUUCGCUCAAAUUAAAGGAGCUAAGGAAUGGUCCGUACUCGGAUUUGAAAGAAAAACAGAGAAUCCUGUGGAUUCGUCUUUAGCCGCUCCUCCCAAAGAAGAAGCAGAGAGCGGGGUCUGCAUUAACGGUGAAUUAACAGAUAUUGGAAGAAUUACUACCCGUAAUCUUGGUGAAUAUCUCCGAGAGCGUUAUAUUAACAAACUCGGGUUCCUGCCAGACAGCAUUCAGAAUGCCAACGGAAUUUACAUGCGUGCUACGCCCAUGACUCGUGCUCUUGAAUCGUUGGAGCAUGUUUUUACGGGGCUUUAUCCUGACGAGAAACGCCAUGGUGUUGUGCCUACCAUCUAUACCCGAAAUUGGUCUCACGAAAACUUACUUCCAAAUGAAAAUAACUGCCCCAGGCUCGUUCAAUUGUAUGAGGAAUUUGCAGAAAGAGCUGCCAAAAUUUACGAUCCUCUUCUUGCAGGAAGAGCGUCAGAAAUGAUGAGUCAGUUCAUGAACGGUCAACCUGUUCGUGUUGUCUCCAGUCAUCCUCGUCUUAGUGGUCUUUUGGAUACAAUUAAUGCUGCUAUCGGAAAUCGACUUGAACUUCAUCCCAAUUUGGUAGAUGAACAGUGGUUGCGGGAAUCUGGACAGGCAGUUUCGGAAGAAUGGUUUGGCGGAUAUAAAGUGUCCAAGUUGAUGCGUCAACUUGGUGCAGGAAGUCUUUUGAAUGACCUUUUCAUGCGCAUGGAAACUCAAGUUAAAGCUGAUAAAAGUGGCUCUCCUUCGGAUCGUUUGGCUUUGUAUGGAGCUCACGAUGUAACACUAGCUGCAAUCUUGGCUUCACUUGAUGCUUUUGAUUACCAAUGGCCUCCAUUCACUUCUCAUCUUGAAUUGGAACUUUUUAAAGAUACCUCCGACAAUGCUACUCCAAAAGCUAUUGCUGGAAAACCCGAAACUUCUUUUGAAUCGAGCCAGAAGCAAGAUACAUUAUCCAAGGAAAAUGGUGUUUCAAACCUUCCAUCAGAUGAACUAUCAAACUGGUAUGUUCGAAUUACUUACAAUUCCAAUCAUGUAGUUAUGGGUGCUUGUCGUGGACAAGGUUACAGGGGAAAUGAGACUAUAUGUCCUUUAUCUAUUUUUAAGGAUGCUGUCCGUGCCUUGAAACCUGAAGACUACCAUUCUAUGUGUAAGCCUGUGAAGAAGUAAAAUAAAAUGGGAACAAAAAGUCAUGCUUUCUUUUUAUAUAAGAAUGUAUCAUAAGCAUCCUUCAUUUUUCAUACCAUCGCUGGAACCGCGUUUAAAACAUUCAUAUUUAUUAGAACACACUGAUAUGGAUUGCAAAUCCCCAUUAAUGAGGUUACUUUUGGUUUACACUGUUGCAGUAUUAUCUUAUAUUACAACUUUUUUAAUUUACGUU